UACCACCGCCUCUAAAGAACGGGACUAGGGAGGGAGUUGAAAAAUCACUAUCUGACAUUUACCAGCAUUUAGAACACAAUUUCUCCUGGGGAAAGGGAUUUAAUUUCGAUAUUGCACCUUUGAAAGCGGGAAAUCUUCGCAGGAAGAGGAACUAAGAGCCGGGCAAAGAACCCUACAGCGCCAUAACCGACUGGGAGGACAUCUCCCAUUAAGACCAGUUUCUAUCAGGUGUAACGGCGGUGGAAACGGAGAGCGGCAGUCAUGGUGGCCCUGUCACUGAAGAUUGGCGUGGGGAACGUGGUGAAGACCAUGCAGUUUGAGCCCUCCACCAUGGUGUACGACGCCUGUCGAAUGAUCAGGGAAAGAGUCCCCGAGGCACAGCUAGGCCAGCCCAAUGACUAUGGUCUGUUCCUGUCUGACGAGGACCCCAAGAAAGGCAUCUGGCUGGAGGCAGGCAAGGCCCUGGACUACUACAUGCUGAGGAAUGGGGACACUCUGGAGUACAAGAAGAAGCAGAGGCCCUUGAAGAUCCGCAUGCUGGACGGGACGGUGAAAACCGUCAUGGUGGACGACUCCAAGAUCGUCAGCGACAUGCUUAUGACCAUCUGUGCCAGGAUAGGUAUCACAAACUAUGACGAGUACUCGUUGGUGCACGACGUGGUUGAGGAGAAGAAGGAGGAGAUGACGGGGACUCUGACAAGACGGGACAAGACUCUGAUGAGAGACGACAAGAAGAUGGAGAAACUUAAGCAGAAACUCCACACAGACGACGAGUUGAACUGGCUGGACCAUGGGCGGACGCUGAGGGAGCAGGGUGUGGAGGAGACCGAGAUGCUGCUCCUCAGGAGGAAGUUCUUCUACUCAGACCAGAACGUGGACUCACGAGACCCGGUCCAGCUCAACCUGCUCUACGUCCAGGCCCGUGAUGACAUUUUGAACGGCUCCCAUCCCGUCUCCUUCGAGAAGGCCUGCGACUUUGCCGGAUACCAGUGUCAGAUCCAGUUUGGUGACCACAACGAGACCAAGCACAAACCAGGCUUCCUAGAUUUGAAAGAGUUCCUCCCUAAAGAGUACAUCAAGAACAAAGGGGAGAAAAGAAUCUUCCAGGCACACAAAAACUACCAAAACAUGACUGAAAUUGAGGCCAAAGUCAGCUACGUCAAACUGGCUAGGUCUCUGAAAACCUACGGAGUGUCAUUCUUCCUAGUAAAGGAGAAAAUGAAGGGUAAGAACAAGCUGGUCCCUCGUCUGCUGGGAAUCACCAAGGAGUGCGUCAUGCGGGUAGACGAGAAGACCAAGGAGGUGAUCCAGGAGUGGAACCUCACCAACAUCAAACGCUGGGCUGCCUCGCCCAAGAGCUUCACCCUGGACUUUGGCGAUUAUCAAGACGGUUACUACUCUGUCCAGACGACUGAGGGAGAGCAGAUUGCCCAACUGAUCGCUGGUUACAUUGACAUCAUUCUGAAAAAGAAAAAGAGCAAAGACCACUUUGGCUUAGAGGGAGAUGAGGAGUCCACCAUGUUGGAGGAUUCUGUGUCACCCAAAAAGUCUACGGUCCUGCAGCAGCAGUUCAACAAGGUGGGGAAGGUGGAGACUGGCUCUGUGGCCCUGCCGGCCAUCAUGCGUUCAGGGGCCGGGGGCCCCGAGAGCUUCCAGAUGGGCUCCAUGCCCCAGGCCAAGCAGCACAUCACCAGCGGACAGAUGCACAGGGGCCACAUGCCCCCGCUGACAUCCGCCCAGCAGGCCCUGACUGGCACCAUCAACUCCAGCAUGCAGGCGUUGCAGGCUGCCCAGGCCUCGCUGGAGGAGUUUGACACCCUGCCUCCCCUCGGGACAGACGCGGCCUCCCAAGCCUGGCGUAAGAACAAGAUGGACGAGUCCAAACACGAGAUCCACUCCCAGGUUGACGCCAUCACAGCCGGGACGGCCUCUAUGGUCAAUCUCACCGCAGGCGACCCAGCAGAGACAGACUACACGGCGGUGGGCUGUGCCGUGACCACCAUCUCCUCCAACCUAACGGAGAUGUCCAAGGGGGUCAAGCUGCUCGCCGCCCUCAUGGAGGAUGAGGGAGGCAACGGAAACCAGUUGUUGGGGGCUGCCAAGAACCUGGCGUGUGCCGUGUCCGACAUGCUAAAGACCGCCCAGCCAGCCAACACUGAGCCCCGUCAGAACCUUCUGCAGGCUGCAGGCAACGUGGGCCAGGCCAGUGGCGAGCUGCUGUCUCACAUCGGAGAGACGGACGCCGACCCCCGCUUUCAGGACAUGCUUAUGCAGCUGGCUAAAGCCGUGGCUAACGCCGCCGCCGCGCUGGUGCUCAAAGCAAAGAACGUGGCCCAGAAGACGGAGGACUCUGCACUCCAGAACCGCGUCAUCGCCGCAGCGACCCAAUGUGCCCUAUCCACCUCCCAACUGGUGGCCUGCACCCGGGUGGUCGCUCCCACCAUCAGCUCUCCGGUGUGCCAGGAGCAGCUGAUUGAGGCAGGCAAGCUGGUUGCCAAGUCGGUGGACGGCUGCGUGGAUGCGUCUCAGGGCGCCACCAGCGACGAGGGGCUCCUCAAGCAGGUGGGCGCCGCCGCCACAGGCGUCACCCACGCCCUCAACGAGCUCCUGCAGCACAUCAAGCAGUACGCCCACGGAGGCCAGCCCAUAGGGCGCCACGGAGAGGCCACCGACCGCAUCCUGGACGUCACCGAGAACAUCUUCAGCUCCAUGGGAGACGCCGGUGAGAUGGUGCGUCAGGCCCGCAUCCUUGCCCAGGCCACCUCGGACCUGGUCAACGCCAUCAAGAUGGACGCAGAGGGCGAGUCGGACCUGGAGAAUUCCCGCAAGCUGCUGUCAGCCGCCAAGCUCCUGGCAGACGCCACGGCCAAAAUGGUGGAGGCUGCCAAGGGCGCAGCCGCCAACCCGGACAGUGAGGAGCAGCAGCAGAGACUGAGGGAGGCAGCAGAGGGUCUACGCAUGGCCACCAACGCGGCUGCCCAGAAUGCCAUCAAGAAGAGGCUGGUCAACAAGCUGGAGAACGCAGCUAAGCAGGCCGCCGCGGCCGCCACUCAGACUAUAGCCGCCGCCCAGCACGCCGCCUCGUCCAAUAAGAACCCAGCAGCCCAGCAGCAGCUCGUCCAGAGCUGCAAGGUGGUGGCAGACCAGAUCCCUCAGCUGGUCCAGGGGGUGCGUGGCAGCCAGUCCCAGCCCGACAGCCCCAGUGCCCAGCUCACCCUCAUCGGGGCCGGCCAGAACUUCCUCCUGCCUGGUGCCAAGAUGGUGACGGCUGCCAAGGCCACAGUACCUACCAUUGGCGACCAGGCUUCUGCCAUGCAACUCAGCCAGUGUGCCAAGAACCUGGCCACUGCCCUUGCCGAGCUCCGCACGGCCGCACAGAAGGCACAGGAAGCAUGUGGUCCUCUGGAGAUCGACAAUGCUCUGACGGUGGUCCGAGGCCUGGAGAAAGACAUGGUGGAGGCCAAGGCCUCAGCUGGCGAUGGCAAACUCAAACCCCUGCCCGGAGAGACGGCUCUGCAUGAGGAGCUGGCAGCGUCGGUCCAGGAGAUCAGCAAUCUGAUAGAGCCGGUGGCCAUCGCAGCCCGCUCUGAGGCUUCCCAUCAUGGGACACAAGGGUCUCAGAUGGUGAGCUACUUCGGAGCCCCUCAUAAUGGCAAGCCAGCGGAACGGCCACUCAGUUGUAGAGCAUGGCGCGUUCACGCAGGAUACGUGGGUUUCAUUCUCCUGGACCACACCGCGGCCGCCACCCAGGAGGCUUUUUCCUUGGGGGGGGGAGGGGGGGGGGGGUGGGGAGUCCGUCCAGAUGAUGAAGGAGGCGUAGACGCUGGGCGCCACCCUGUCGGAGACGCAGCGCUGCGGGCGCCCUUGCGGCAUGGGUGUCUCAUGUGCUGGGGGCCUUCAGGCUGGUACGUGGCACCCAAAUCUGCAUCACAGCGGCCAUACUGUGUCGGGCAUCAUCGCCGACCUGUGGACACCACCAUCAUGUUCGCCACCGCCGGCACGCUCAACCGUGAGAACUCUGAAACCUUCGCCGACCACAGACAGCCAAGGCGCUGGUGGAGGACACAAGCUGCUGGUCUCUGGUGCCGGGGCCAGCCAGGAGAGACUGGCCCAGGCUGCCAGUCCUCCGUCAUCACCAUCACCAACUGGCCGGACGUGGUAAAACUGGGCGCCGCCAGCCUGGGCGCCGAGGACCCCGAGACACAGGUGGUCCUGAUCAACGCUGUCAAAGACGUUGCCAAGGCUCUGAGUGACCUCAUCAGCGCUACCAAGGCGCUGCAGGCAAGAUCACGACGACCCUGCCAUGCUGCAGCUGAAGAACUCUGCAAGGUGAUGGUGACCAACGUGACGUCACUCCUGAAGACAGUGAAGGCAGUGGAGGAUGAGGCCACCAAGGGCACACGGGGACUGGAGGCCACCAUUGAACACAUCAAACAGGAACUGGCUGUGUUCAGCAAUGGUGAUCCUCCCCCCAAGACGUCCACUCCAGAGGAUUUCAUCCGCAUGACCAAAGGCAUCACCCAGGCAACAGCCAAAGCAGUGGCUGCUGGGAACUCGUGUCGCCAGGAGGACGUAAUCGCUACGGCCAACCUGAGCAGGAGGGCCAUCGCCGACAUGCUGCACUCGUGCAAGCAAGCCGCCUACCACCCAGAGGUCAGCAAAGAAGUUCAGAGCCGGGCCCUGCGCUAUGGCAACGAGUGUGCCGUGGGCUACCUGGGUCUGCUGGAGCAUGUGCUAGUGAUCAUCCAGAAGCCCAGCCACGAGCUCAAGCAGCAGUUGGCUAACUACUCCAAGCGCGUGGCAGGCUCCGUCACCGAGCUCAUCCAGGCCGCCGAGGCCAUGAAGGGAACGGAAUGGGUGGACCCCGAGGACCCCACGGUCAUCGCUGAGAACGAGCUUCUGGGAGCUGCUGCCGCCAUUGAAGCUGCCGCCAGGAAACUGGAGCUGCUGAGGCCCCGCACCAAACCCAAGGAAGCGGACGAGAGCCUGAACUUCGAGGAGCAGAUCCUGGAGGCGGCCAAAUCGAUCGCAGCCGCCACCAGCGCUCUGGUCAAAGCUGCCUCAGCCGCCCAGAGGGAACUGGUGGCCCAAGGGAAGGUUGGCGCCUGCCCAGCCAAUGCAGUGGAUGAUGGACAGUGGUCUCAAGGUCUCAUUUCAGCCGCCCGAAUGGUUGCUGCAGCGACCAGCAACCUGUGCGAGGCAGCCAACUCGGCGGUGCAGGGCCACGCCAGCGAGGAGAAGCUGGUCAGCUCAGCCAAGCAGGUGUCUGCCUCCACUGCCCAGCUCCUGGUGGCCUGCAAGGUCAAGGCUGACCAGGACUCCCAGACCAUGAAGAGGCUACAGGCUGCCGGAAAUGCUGUUAAGAGGGCCUCCGAUAGCCUGGUGAAGGCGGCACAGAAAGCAGCCUUUGACGCCCAAGACGAGCAGGCCGUGGUUGUUAAGAGCAAGAUGGUGGGCGGCAUUGCUCAGAUCAUUGCUGCCCAGGAGGAGAUGCUGAGGAAGGAGAGGGAGUUGGACGAGGCCAGAAAGAAGCUGGCCACCAUCCGACAGCAGCAGUACAAGUUCCUGCCCUCCGAGCUCAGGGAGGACGGGCAGGAGCAGUGAUGAAACGUGCACACACACACACACAUAAAUAUAUACAGCGAAGACAAAUCCGAUGUUCAGGGCCUACACGCCCAGGCUAUAUUAGAGAAAAGAGGAAAACGAAGAGGUAUUAUGCUUGAAGAGGAGCAAUAUUAGGGUGUGAUAAUUAAAAAGAAAGGAAAGGGGUAAAAAGUGAAAGCAUUAGGGUGUUUAUUUUAAGUGAAUUUUUUUCUUCGAUUAUUUGUCACGUUCAAGAGCGUUACAGUGCCACUGGUUUUGUUUUUGGAUAAUGCUAAAAAAAAUAUAUAUAUGUAUCCAAGUCUUUGAGGUAGUCCUUGAUAGUUUGUGAUUUAAUUGAGCGUUUAGGUCCUAGAUUGCAUGUGUUCACUGCCGCUUCACCGUUUUUAUUAAAUUCACACCCUCCUGCCAAUAACCGAUAUUUGCCUUUAACGCUAGCAUGCUAUUAUUUUAGUGAGCACAAUAACUAUCUGUUUGGCGGUGUCUGUUUUUUUUGUUUUUUGGAUUAGAAAAAUGCAGUCACCAAAAGGUGGUCUUACAGCGCGGGUAAGUGUUGAGAUCUUACUUGACUGACCAAUGAUUUUAACUGGCCAGGGUGAACGGUAAGAGACGGUCGCCGUACAACACAGAGCUCAGCUAGGUGUUUACCAUAAACAACUGUGGCUUUGGUCAGAUCCCAAAGAAGACAUUGUUUAACAAGAAUGUGUGUUGUCAGGUAGGCUCCUCCUUUUUAUUUGAACCAAUGACAUUUAACUGUAUUUUGUUGCAAUUUGGACCAGAAGUGCAAUGAUUUACUUUGCGAUUAAACAAUUCAUAGAGAGAAAACAUAUCUUUUUUUUUUUUUUUAAGAUAAAUAAUGCUAUGAAAUGUGUUACAAAUGGUAUCUUCUAUUACAUUUAUAUGUUAAUAAAGUAUAUGUGAGUAUUUGUUUGUGUCAUCAUAUGAACUUUUGGACCUGAUAUUAUCUGUGUUUGAAGCUCAUAAAGCCAUACUUUGCUUUCUUCAGGACAUUGUUUAGAAUCAUGAAUGACUGUUCCUUCGGGUGCUAUUGAGUGGUUAAAAUCUUUAUCAAAUGUAGACUGUGUAAUAUGCAUCUAAUAGCCAACUGUAACCAGUAGAUCUUUAGACACAAAUUUAGAUAUGUAUUUUGGGGUAAUUUCUCUUGUCACACAGUACAAUCCUAUGAUGGCCAUUGUAUGCAAAGGAUAAUGUGUCCAAUGUUGUUGUUAUUAACCGUCAGGUACCCUGAAUUGCCAGCCUAUUUCACAUUGUCAGAGGCCUCAUUGUAACCUAACCUUCUUUCAACAUAUCAAUGAAUCAAAAAGUGCCUGCUAUAUGUAUUUUACAACUAAUUGUAUUUAACUGUUAAUGUUUUCCCAUCUUCAAGUGCACUUAUCCAUUUGUUUAACUUAACACAUCAUAUAAAUCCACUCUUUUACAAACAUUUGUUCUCUCUUUUCUCUUAAUCGAAAUAGUUGGAUAGAAAACAACUGUUAAGUUGCCUAUGUGUUGAUUACAAACAUAGGGAAAGCCUAACUUGAGUGUUUUUUUCUUUUCAUUUUCUAAUUGUUUUGUUGACCUUUCUGAUUUUGAUACUAUAUACAUGUAUUAACAGUGCUAUAGUAUUGUAAAAGAGAUUUAUGGUCAAUAAAGCUGGUUUUCUCUGAGAAGUUA